AUGGACGGCAGAGCCCCUUCGGCGCCUGAGCUGCCCGAACGGCUGGCGACGCCGGCGGCCGAGGAGAAGCACCUGCUGAGCAGCUUGGCCGCGGCACACACCUUGGCCAGAGUCCUGCGGCCCUGCUACGGCCCCCAGGGGCGGCAGCUCCUGGUCACCGCCAAAGGAGAAACCGUGGUCACGGGGUACGCCACGGACAUCCUCCGGGCGCUGGAGCUGGAGCACCCCGCCGCCCGGCUGCUGCGGUUGGCGGCGCAGAGCCAGGCGGAGCAGAGCGGCGACGGCGCGGCCUUCGUGGUGCCCCUGCCCCAGGCCCUGCUGGCGCAGGCCGAGCGCCGGCGGCGGGCCGGCCUGCCGCGCGCCCAGCUCCGGGAGGCCUAGGCCGCGGCGGCCGCCGAGACGCUGGCCCUGCUGCCGUCCCUGGCCAUCCGGGCGCUGGGGCCUCUGGAGGACCCGUUCGGGGCCCUGCACUCGGUGACCAACACGCACAGGCUGUGGCAGACGGACUGCUUGACCGAGGUGGUGGCGCAUGCGUGCUGGGUCCCCCGGGAGCCGGACGGCGGCUUCCGGCCGGAGCGCGUGCGCGUGUGCGCGCUGCCCGGGGCGCGGCCGGAGGACUCGUGCCUGCCCCGCGGCCUGGCCCUGUCCGGCAAGCCCUGCGGCCAGGUGGCCACGGUGCUGAGCGGCGCCAGCGGGGCUCUGACGGCCUGCGCCUUCGGGCCCGCCAGCGCCAGUGCCCCGGCCACGCGUCUCUCCCGUCCUGAUGACCUGACCGAGUUCAGGAAGGGCAGCGAGAGGCUAAUAGAAAAGCAGGUGGCCCAGCUGGCAGCCGCGUCUAUUAACGUGGUGGUGGUUUGGGGGCAAAUUGACGAGGAGACCCUAACGCAUACUGACAGGUGCGGCCUCAUGGUGAUUCAGGUGAAGUCCCGGCGGGAGAUGGUGCACCUGAGCGAGGUGUCUGGCGCACCUCUGAUGCCUUAUCUGCUUCCUCCGCUGGAGCCAGGGAAGUGUCAGAGGGUGUACGGGCAGGAGCUGGGAGAAGGUUUGGCUGUGGUAUUUGAGUGAGAAACUCCAGGCACCCCUGCCCUCACCUUGGUGCUCAGGGAGGCCACCGCUGAGGGGCUACGGGGUGCAGAGUAGGCUGCCUACCAUGGCAUUGAUGCCUAUUUCCGGUUAUGCCAGGAUCCCAGACUGCUUCCAGGAGCUGGGGCCACGGAGAUGGCUCUGGCGAAAAUGCUCUCAGGGAAAGGAACCAAACUGGAAGGGCCCAGUGGUUCCACCUUCCUGGCAUUUGCCCAGGCCCUGCAGUCUCUUCCUGAAACCCUGGCAGAGAAGGCAGGCUUAGCCGUCUCAGACGUGAUGGCAGAAAUGAACGGAGCUCACCAGGCUGGGAAUUUCCUGAUAGCAUUGGAGGUUGAAGGGAUAAUAAAUGCGGCCCAGGAAGAGGUGUGGGACACCCUAAUAGCCAAAGCCCAAGGACUUCGAGCCGUGGCUGACGUGGUACUACAGCUCCUGACUGUCGAUGACAUUGUAGUAGCCAAGAAAAGUCCCACACCUCACCAGGACCUGAAACCUGAACCUAAGAAGGCAAAGGAUCGACCAUCCCCCGUGAAAAAAAGGAGUCCUUGGAACAAAUAA